AUGAUCCAGCUGCUGCCGGCCGCGGUCGUGGCGCCCCUGUACUUCCAGAGCAAGGUCGAUCUCGGCGUCAUCACCCAGUCCUCGUCAGCGUUCGGCCACAUCCUGGAGGACGUGUCUCUUGUGGUCUACGAGAUCGGGGCGCUCGCGGGCUUCAGCGCCGUCAUAGACCGCCUGGGGGAGUUUUCGGAGGUCUCCGACGUCAAGCUGCGCCACGCGUUCUCCGUGGAAGCUGCCGAGAAGCAGCUGCCGGCGACGGGGGCGCCCGCGGCGGGGCGGGAGGGCGGCGGCCAGGCAGCGGCAGCGGGGGGAGGCGCGGCGGGAGCGGGGACGGGAGCGUCGGGCCGGCGGUCGGCGGCAUCGGCAGACGCUGCGGCCGAGGCGGGGCCGGGGGGCAUCACCAUCACGCACCUCGGCCCCGACGCGGCAGCGGGGCGGGAGAACGGCAGCGGCGCCGGCGGCGCCGGCGAGCUGUUGCUGGAGCUGCGCUCGCUUAGUGUUUCGACGCCGGAUGGCUCUGCAAAGCUGGUGCAGGGGCUUGACCUUCAGGUGCGCGCCGGCGAGCCGCUUCUCAUCGUCGGCCCUUCGGGCGCCGGCAAGACCUCCCUGCUGCGCGCCCUCGCCGGGCUCUGGCAGUCCGGCGGCGGCUCCGUCCUGAGCUACGGACUGCCCGGACUGGGUGACCCCGGCUGCCAGCCCGGCAGCGUGCUGUUCCUGCCCCAGAAGCCCUACAUGGUGCUGGGCUCCCUGCGGGACCAGCUGCUGUACCCUACCUGGAGCGAGCGCGGGGCGGCAGGGCAAGACGGCAGCAGCAGCGGCAGCGGCGGCGACACGGAUGAGGCCGUGACUGCUGCGUCGAAGCAGGGUGAUCCGCAGGCACGACCGGCCCCAAGCGAGGAGGCGCUGGUGCAGGUGCUGGAGAGGGUGCAGCUGGCCGGACUGCUUGAGCGCUGCCGUGCAGCCGUAGACAGCGGCGGCGGCAGCCUGGCAGGCGGCGGGCCGGGGUCAAUCCGGGAUGGCGGCGGCGCGGGCGUCGAGGGCGUGGACGCCCCGUUCAGCAGCAUUGGCAGCGGCAGCGCCGCCGGCGGUCGCGGCAGUCCGCUGGACUGCGUCGCGGACUGGUCCCAGCUGCUGUCGCUGGGUGAGCAGCAGCGGCUGGCGUUUGCGCGGCUGCUGCUGACGGCGCCGCGGCUGGCGCUGCUGGACGAGGCCACGUCAGCCCUGGACACAGCCAACGAGGCCCUGCUGUACCAGGCGGUCCUGGCCAGCGGCACGACCCUCAUCAGCUUGGCGCUGCCGUACUGGCAGGAGGUGCCCGAAGCUAGGUGGAAGCUGGCCGGGGUGGUGGCGUUGACGCUGGCAACGACCGGGGUCAGUGUGCUUUUCAACUUUUUGGGGCGUGACUUUUUUAACGCCCUGUCGGAGCGCGACGUGGACGCCUUCCAGACGCAGCUGCUGCGGUACCUUGGAGGGUUCGCGAUCGGAGUGCCGGUGUUCGUCAUAAAGCGGUACUUCCAGGCCCGCCUGUCCCUCCAGUGGCGCGAAUGGAUGACCAACCGCCUUCUGGCGCAGUACUUCCGCGACCGCUCCUUCUACCAGCUGCAGGCGGGGCAGCUCGUGGACAACCCGGACCAGCGCAUCGCGGCAGACGUGAAGGUGUUCACCGAGACGGCGCUGUCGCUGUCCCUCACGCUCCUCAACUCGAUCAUCGACCUCGUGUCUUUCAGCGGCAUCCUCUACUCCAUAUACCCGCCGCUGUUUGCGGCGCUGCUCGUGUACUCGAUCGGAGGCACGGCCGCUUCGAUAGCCCUGGGGAAGGUGCUGUGA